CGGGAAAUCGUGGUCUGGCAACACUGAAUAAUUCCAAAAUGGCAGAAUGCGACUUUCGUGUGUUAUCAUGUGAGCCGAUUUAAUAAUGUUUUCUUGAAUAUUUGGUGUUGAGUGGAUUAUAAAAUUGUGUAACAGUGAAAAGUGACCUAAUAUACCAUGGCGGACCUAAAAUCACCGCCGUUCAGUGAUAUUAAAAGACCUGAGGAAGUCGUCAGGAUGACGACGAACGAUAGCCUGAAAUUUGCAGUUCUUAUCGGGCUCAUUGAAGUUGGACAAGUCACCAACAGGGAGCUGGUGAACACUGUCCUGCACCUGCUGGUGGGCGGCGAGUUCGAUAUGGAGCUCAACUUCGUCAUCCAGGAUGCGCAGAACAUCCAGCACAUGCUGGAACUGCUGGACCACUGCCCGCCCAGCUUACAGGCGGAGAUCUGGUCUGUGUUCAUCGCGAUCCUGCGCAAGAGUGUCCGCAACCUGCAAGCCUGCACCGACGUGGGAUUAAUACACCAUGUACUGCAGCGACUGCCGCGCGCCGAGACCGUUGUCGCAGAUCUCCUCAUCGAGAUGCUGGGGGUGCUGGCCAGCUACAGCGUCACUGUCAAAGAACUGAAGCAGCUAUUCAGCGCCAUGAAGGCAGUCAAUGGGAAAUGGCCCCGGCACUCGGCGAAGCUGCUAAACGUGCUCCGGCAGAUGCCGCACCGGAACGGCCCGGACGUGUUCUUCAGUUUUCCCGGACGGAAAGGCUCGGCGGUGGUGCUCCCUCCGCUGGCGCGGUGGCCCCACGAGAACGGCUUCACGUUCACCACCUGGUUUCGGCUGGACCCCAUCAACUCGGUCAACAUCGAGCGUGAAAAGCCCUACCUUUACUGCUUCAAGACGAGUAAAGGCGUGGGUUACACCGCGCACUUCGUGGGCAACUGUCUAGUGCUGACAUCUAUGAAGGUGCGGGGAAAAGGGUUCCAGCACUGCGUCAAAUACGAGUUCCAGCCCAGGAGAUGGUACGCGAUCGCGGUUGUCUACAUCUACAACCGGUGGACCAAGAGCGAGAUCAAGUGCCUCGUCAACGGGCAGCUCGCCUCCAGCACUGAGAUGGCGUGGUUCGUCUCCACCAACGACCCAUUCGACAAGUGCUACAUCGGAGCGACAGCAGAGCUGGACGAGGAGCGCGUGUUCUGCGGACAGAUGGCCGCCAUCUACUUGUUCGGAGAGGCGCUCACCACCCACCAAAUCUGCGCCAUGCACCGUCUAGGUCCCGGGUAUAAGAGUCAGUUCCGAUUCGACAACGAAUGUAACAUCAGCUUACCGGAGAACCACAAAAGGGUGAGCGAACAAGCCGCUCUCCUGCUUGCGAACGCAGAAGUCCCCCCUCCCGAACCCGAAACCCCCCCUCCUGACCCUGAACCCGAACCCCAACCCGCUUCGCUGGAAGAUACCAAGGCGGCAGAAAAUGAAGAAGCAUGCGUAGUUGUUAAAGAAGACUCGACGCCUCGAGGAAGAAAGAUGGCUGACGAGGCGCGCGAAGUGGCCGCCGCGCAUGCGUCGCUGCUCGUAGAUAUUGAAGCAUGCAAGCGUGUGCUGUACGACGGCAAAUUGUCUUCGGCGAUAGUGUUUAUGUACAACCCCGUGGCAACCGACGGGCAACUUUGUCUGCAGUCCGCUCCUAAAGGCAACGUGUCGUAUUUCGUUCACACGCCGCACGCUUUGAUGCUGCAGGAAGUAAAAGCAGUAGUGACACACUCGAUACACAGCGCGCUCAACUCCAUAGGCGGGGUCCAGGUUCUAUUCCCGCUCUUCGCGCAACUGGACUUGCCGCAUGAUGCUCCGGCCACGGACCCGAAGCGCGACCCCAUGCUAUGCUCAAAACUGCUCGGCUUCGUCUGCUCCCUCGUGGAAUCCUGCGCCACCGUACAGCAGCACAUGCUGCAAUGCCGUGGGUUCCUGGUCAUCUCUCACAUGCUGCAGCGCUGCAGUCGAGACCAUCUGACGCCCGAGACGCUGGCCUCGUUUCUGCAUCUGACGAAGCAUCUUGUUACUUGCUGCUCUCCUAAUUCCGAUCUGCUUUUGAAACAGUUGCUGGACCACGUGCUCUUCAACCCGGCAUUAUGGGUUCAUACUCCAGCGGCAGUCCAGGCUAGACUGUACUGCUACUUGGCAACGGACUUUCUUGCUGACGCUCACAUUUACGGCAGCGUGCGGCGAGUCAGCACAGUUCUGCAGACCGUACACACGCUCAAGUUCUACUAUUGGGUCGUUAAUCCGAGAGCGAAAAGCGGCAUCACGCCUAAGGGAUUAGACGGUCCCAGACCGGCACAUAAAGACAUCCUCACAAUUCGCGCGUACAUUCUACUGUUCCUGAAACAACUUAUCAUGAUUGGAAAUGGUGUGAAAGAGGACGAACUUCAGUCUAUCUUGAACUACCUAACAACGAUGCAUGAGGACGAAAAUCUACACGACGUUCUACAAAUGCUAAUUUCGCUGAUGUCUGAACACCCAAGUUCUAUGGUACCAGCUUUUGACGCUAAAGGCGGAGUGCGGACAAUCUUCAAGCUGUUGUCUUCUGAGAGUCAAUUAAUCAGGCUGCAGGCGCUCAAGCUGCUCGGCUUCUUUCUGAGCAGAAGCACACACAAGCGAAAAUACGACGUAAUGUCACCACACAACCUUUACACACUCCUCGCCACGCGUCUCGCCGGCGGCGGCUCAGGCGGUGAGGCGCUAGCCUUACCCGCCUACAACGCCCUCUAUGAGCUGCUGACGGAACAUGUUGGCCAGCAAAUACUGUACACGAGUCAUCCGGAGCCGCAACCGCAUUUUAGGCUUGAGAAUCCUAUGAUCCUAAAAGUCGUCGCCACGCUCAUCCGCCAAUCCAAGCAAACAGAACAGCUCCUCGAAGUCAAAAAACUCUUCCUCUCCGACAUGACCUUACUCUGCAGCAAUAACAGAGAGAACCGCCGAACCGUCCUCCAAAUGUCCGUCUGGCAAGAAUGGCUGAUAGCGUUAGCGUAUAUCCAUCCGAAGAACGCUGAGGAGCAGAAGAUAUCGGACAUGGUGUAUAGUCUGUUCAGGAUGCUGUUGCAUCAUGCGAUCAAGCAUGAGUAUGGGGGGUGGAGGGUGUGGGUCGAUACGCUGGCUAUUGUGCAUUCUAAGGUGUCCUAUGAAGAGUUCAAACUCCAGUUCGCCCAAAUGUAUGAACACUACGAGCAACGGCGAGCUGACAACAUCACCGACCCGGCGGAGCGGCAACAGCGCCCCAUCUCCACCAUCUCGGGCUGGGACCGCCCCGACCCCACACCACCAGAACCCACACACAAAAGCCAUCAUGCCGCUCAGACGGAAAUCGGCAAAGGCCUCUCCCUAAGAGAGGUCGAAGCCUGCAGUUGUACUAAUAAAGAGGAAACAAGUGACGACGCGCGGACUACAGAACCUGUGUACAGUGAAGUGUGUAAAGCCCAUAGUCCUAUUAAAAAUACCGAAGUGCCCUGCGUCGACGGUUGUGAUAGUGUUAAAUGUACAGAUAGUGAGCAUGCUGUGGAUGAAGACGGACGACGCAGCGAGACUGGCGCGGAGAAUGAGCUAGUGCAGUCUAUUAUUAAUGAAAAUAUUCUUUUAGAGAGCUCUGAGUCUGGAUUGGGAACGAUAGAAGCGGAUUCAGAGAAAACUGACAAACCUUUGUCUAGACAAGGGAGCUUAGAUUACAUUCCAGUGAGAGAUGUAGGUGAAAAUGUACUUAAUGAUAACACGGAUAAAAGCGAAGGUAUUCCUUCUAGUUUAUCAGCGAGUGAAACGGCGAGUCCGGAACGCGUCGCUGAUCCCUUAAAUUUAUCGAAUGAGAGGGAAUCUGAACUAUCAGAUCCGUCCGAAUUGUACUUAACUCCCAGUGAAGCGACUAGUCCUAAGAAAACACAAGAUAAGACUGACUCAAUCAUUCCUGAUGAUAUGGACAGCGAUGAUCCAAAGAACAUCGCGAUUACCAUUGUCAACGACGUGUUGUCGAUAGCGCUCGAAACUGUGAGGUUAAAAGCUGACGACGAUACUGAUUCUGGGGCCAUUUCAGGCGGAUUGCAUUCUGAAGGCAAUACUCCUAACGGCCGAGAAGAUUUCGAACAUGAAAUUGAAGAAAUUAUCGAUGAGAAGCGAACAGCUGAAAUGAUCGCUAACGAAGUUAUCACAGACAUACUAUCCUCUGUUGUAACUAGAAGUGAACAGAAACAGAGUGAACUAGUAGAUGAAGAAGAUAACAGCCACCAUAGAGUGAUACCAUCCGACCAUCCACACGAAGGAAACGUUCUGCCUUUAGACGGUGAAUUUUUAGUCGAUUCUCCGCGAAAAGAACCAGUGGAAAGAAUCGAAGCCGAAGAAGUAGACGAAGUUACAAAAGAAAAUGCAAAAAACGAAAGCCAAAGAAUGGAAACCAACGAACCAGAGGAGCAUAAGACUCCAGAAAUCCCGCCGAUAUCGACGAUUAGUGAAAACAUUUCCCUUGUAAAUAAGAAGGAACAAGAAAAUGAAGAGGAAAGAAAUCGUGAAUCGAACGAAAGGGACAAGAGAAGAGUGAGCUUACCGGGUGAUAACGAGAUGAAGCAGGAUAGCAAUAAGAACGAGGGUGUUUCCUCGCAAGGAACGAAUACGUCAACGUCGCCGAAGAGGCCGCGGAGUGCAUCUACGAGCACUCAAGUAGAUUCUAAUCACUUUGAAACGAAGCGGCCAUCCAAGUGCUCUAGGCCGAUGUUCUCACCAGGCCCGACGCGACCACCCUUCCGCAUACCGGAAUUCCGCUGGUCCUACAUCCACCAGCGGCUGCUUUCUGAUGUGCUGUUCUCUUUAGAGACUGAUAUACAGGUUUGGCGUAGCCACUCAACCAAAUCAGUGAUCGACUUCGUGAACAGCAGCGAGAACGCCAUUUUCGUGGUCAACACCGUGCAUCUGAUCAGCCAGUUGGCGGAUAACCUCAUCAUUGCCUGUGGAGGUCUGCUGCCUUUGCUAGCGUCCGCCACAUCACCCAACAAUGAACUGGACGUAAUCGAGCCUACACAAGGCAUGCCAGUAGAAGUAGCAGUAACCUUCCUACAACGACUAGUCAGCAUGGCUGAUGUGCUCAUCUUCGCCAGCGCUCUCAACUUCGCCGAGCUAGAGGCGGAGAAGAACAUGUCCAGCGGCGGCAUCCUCCGCCAGUGCCUUAGACUGGUGUGCACGUGUGCGGUGCGCAAUUGCCUCGAGUGCAAGGAGCGGCAGCGGUACGCGGCCGCCCGCGCCGCGCGGCAAGGCGACUCUUCGCCCAAGAGCGUGGUGGCAAGCUUGGCGGACACUUCGAGUCCUGUCAAAGAUCCAGAAAGGCUACUUCAAGAUAUGGACGUCAAUCGACUGCGAGCCGUCAUCUAUCGAGAUGUGGAGGAGACGAAGCAGGCGCAGUUCCUCUCUCUGGCCAUCGUGUACUUCAUCUCCGUGCUAAUGGUGUCCAAGUACCGCGACAUACUCGAGCCGCCCGCGCAUACGGCGCAGGAGUGCGCGCGGAGGCCACACCAUGGCCAUGAUCACGCUCCUGGUACCAUCGCGUGCGCGUUCGUGGGUUUCCGUGGGCGCUCGGCAGGCUCCCGGCCGCUGUUCCCGCAGUGGUCGCACCACGUGUACCCGCAGUUCCUGCCCGGUGCGCACCCCGCCCACCGCCCCGCGCACGCGCACUGCAAGCUCGACUGUCACGCGCACGCACGCAUCGGUAGCUACCGCCCGCACGCAGAACACAACGGUGAUGACGUCGAAUACGCCAUGAUAGUCGUCGACGAGAACAACUCUACUAUGAACGAGUUGGACUCUCCGUCUAUGAAGGAGACGGAAGAGUCAGAUGGAGUCGCGAAAAUUGAGACAAGCACGGACGAAGUGAAACCACACGGAGAGAAGCCGGCCUCAGAGACUUCGGCCUCGAGUUUGCAGGCCCCUACCACGCCUGGGGCCUCGCAGUCCCCAAGUUCUGAGAAAGAAGAACCCCUAUUUAAGUCCAGCCUUCGGGUGAAGCAACCUAAGAUUAAGCCUCCAACUGCAAGGUCCAAAACUUUAUCCGGGAUAACGGUGUCAGUGGUCAAUUUGAGCGUGGACUCUAUCGAGGACGCCGGAUCUUUCCACCUCAACUCGACGGAGACCACCAACAAUGAUCCUGAGUCUUCCAGCGAGAUCGCUUUGGACGAUAACAAACAUCCGGUCAGCAACGACGAAUCGUGGACAGACGUGAACCUCAACGAAGACGGGGAGAGAGGUCCCGCCACCAUUACUGGCAGGACGAGAGACCACGAGGGCAAUAUACAUGAAGACAUUGAGAAAUCCCUUCACGCGCGCAACAACGAGCAUCAUCAUUUGCAGCGGCAUCAGAACAGGAAUCUGCAGGUUGCGCAAAGACAUCUACAUCCGGACAACGAGACAUUAGCCGGCCUAAACGCCAUGAACGCCACAAUGUCAGCGGACGGCGUAUCGCGAGAAGCGUCUCUAACACACAAGUUGGAAACCGCAUUAGGACCCGUCUGCCCACUACUACGGGAAAUCAUGUUGGACUUCGCGCCUUUCCUAUCGAAGACGCUGGUUGGAAGUCAUGGGCAAGAGCUGCUUAUGGAGGGUAAAGGUCUCCAAACCUUCAAAUCCAGCACAUCAGUCGUCGAACUGGUCAUGCUUCUAUGCUCUCAAGAAUGGCAGAACUCCCUCCAGAAGCACGCUGGCUUAGCCUUCAUAGAAUUAAUUAAUGAAGGAAGAUUACUGUCGCACGCUAUGAGGGAUCACAUCGUGAGGGUCGCGAAUGAGGCGGAGUUUAUAUUGAACAGGAUGAGGGCUGAUGAUGUCUUGAAGCAUGCUGAUUUUGAGUCACUAUGCGCCCGCACGAGCAGCGAGCGCGCCGACGAGGAGCGAACCUGCGAACGUCUCAUCGCCGCCGCGCGCCGCCGCGACCACGCCGCCGCCGCGCGUCUACUCGACAAGCUGCGACAUUCUCCAGGCGCCGGCAGUGCCGCGGCUGGAAGCACAAGUCAAUUCUGGAAACUAGACUCAUGGGAAGAUGACGCUCGGCGCAGAAGACGAUUGGUGCCCGACCCGCGCGGGCAGCGGCACGCCGCCGCCGCCUUGUCGCGCUCGCCCGCCGCGCCGCCGCCGAGCGACGCUAUACUGCAGGCAACGGAGGAGCUCCACGCCCGCAUCGCGGCGGGUGGCGCGGGGCGGGGGGCACAACUGCCAACGCCGGCGGCCGCUGAACUCCUUGAUGAUGCUGAACUCCUGGUGGAUGACAGGGAAAUCGAUGCCGAUCUUACCGGCCCAGUGAACAUAAGUACGAAGGCAAGGCUAGUGGCUCCAGGAUUGGUCGCUCCGGGCACCGUUUCUUUGACGUCAACGGAGCUGUACUUCGAGGUCGACGAGGACGAUCCGGAAUAUAAGAAGAUUGACCCUGAGGUUCUAAAAUACUGCGAGCACCUCCACGGAAAAUGGUACUUCAGCGAAAUCCGCGCCAUCUUCUCGCGCCGCUACCUGCUGCAGAAUGUGGCCAUCGAGAUGUUCCUCGCCAGCAGAACAUCAAUAUUCUUCGCGUUUCCGGACCAGGCGACGGUGAAGAAGGUGAUCAAGGCGCUGCCGCGGGUCGGCGUCGGAAUCAAGUACGGCAUCCCGCAAACCAGGCGCGCGUCGAUGAUGUCCCCUAGACAACUCAUGCGCAACUCCAACAUGACGCAGAAGUGGCAGCGGCGGGAGAUCUCCAACUUCGAGUACCUCAUGUUCCUCAACACUAUCGCUGGUCGAACAUACAACGAUUUGAACCAGUACCCCGUGUUCCCGUGGGUCCUGACCAACUACGAGAGCGAGGAGCUCGACCUCAGUCAGCCCUCCAACUACAGAGACUUGUCUAAGCCAAUCGGCGCUUUGAACCCCAGUCGGCGCGCGUACUUCGAAGAGCGCUACAACACAUGGGAGCAUGAGUCCACGCCGCCGUUCCACUACGGCACACACUACUCCACCGCCGCCUUCGUACUCAACUGGCUCGUGCGAAUUGUAAGUCACUUUAGUAUGACUACAUCAUUAUUGCAAUGA